GCAUCUGCAGACCUCACUUUCUCCUCAAAGAGAACAAGGCUCCUAGUUUGGUUGGAUGAUCAAUUAAGAAGAUGCCAGAGUUGUAUGAGUUUCUUCUGAACCGAUUGGCAUUGUAUCACAAUCUGCAGUAUGAUUUACAGGAUGAUAAGGAACCUGAGCUCCUCUUCUACAACCUGAAGGAUGAAGUUGUUCAGCGUUACCUGGUAAGGGAUAUGACGGCCGACCAGCUUUCAGCUCUCCUUGAAUCAUUGGGAUUCUACAAAAAGUCAGCGAAGGGAGAAGAAGUCCCAAAGGAAUUCCAGCAUUUUCCACUAAAAGCUCCACGAGAUGAGUUGUAAGUCAGUGAAUGUCAUGCACAGUGGUGACUGCACAUUCAGUGUGGAGAUGACUUCCAAAAUGCACGGAUGAUGUUCGAGUCUAAAAGGCAGUCAACAGUCAGGGCUCGAGCUGAAUGUCUGCUUCUUGGUGUGGGAAAUGCUUCGAGAAUAAA